CUGGACCUCAAGCCAUCAGGGCGAUUACAGAUUCAAGUCAGGUUCUACCCAGAGAAUCCAGAGAACUCGAUGGAAGGUAUUGUCGUAGAAUGGACGGAAGUUCUUCCUCUUGAAUAGAUCUGAGUGCAAGAAUCUGGUCGGGGAGGAGGGGGCAGGGUGAGGGGUAAAUGAGAACUAACAAUGAGUGUGUGAGACCUAAUGGGGAGAGGGGGGGGGGUAAAGAUGUGGCGGAGGGGGGUAAAUGAGAACUAUGAGACCUAACAGUGAGUGUGUGAGAGAGGGGGCUAAAGAGGGGCAGGGGGAGGGGGUUAACUUGGCCUAGUGGAGGAGGGAGGGGUAAAGGGGUCUAAAACUGAUCUGCAGCUUGAUGUAGGAGUCUGGCAGAGAAGAUAAUUAAUAUUUUUUUAUUUUUUUUAGAGCUGAAUCCAGGGAAUCCUAGUUUUACAUUAAAUACAUUUCAAUUUGACUGCGUUUGUUAAAUAUUUUGAGCAAUACGAGAAUCAGAACAAAACAUACAGGGAACAAAACAUACAGGGAGCAAAACAUACAAGGCUUUUAUUUUGAACAGUAAGCAUCCCUGCACUAAAGCCAAAAAUACCUGUUUAAAAAGAAGGAAGCAGGUGCAAUUAUGAUUUCGAUCUAUUUAAAUGGAUGUUUUGAUGUUGUGGCUUCCCAGAAGAUCCAAAGAUGAUCAAACCUUACUUUGUGCGCCGUGGUGCCAUGAAGCAGCAGAAAGUUCAUGAGGUCAAAGGUCAUCAGUUCAUUGCCAAGUUCUUCAGGUCUCCAACUUAUUGCUCUUUUUGUCAGGACUUUCUGUGGUGA